GGCACGACAACGACAACGACGAAUUACAACACCACGCUCGGUGGCGUUAAACAACUGCACGCUCCCACGAUUCCCCCCACGGAUGGAGCAGUGUGCCACCGAGUUUAAGAUGGAAUCGCUCGAAAGUUUCGAACCGCUGGUCAAUCCGAUCCGCCAGUAUCGGAACCGUUCCAAGCGUACGCUGCAAACAGGCGAGGAAAAACUGGCGGAAGUGCUGGCAAAGAUUGCUUCGCUGCAAAAGUCGACAAACAGUCCAGGGCAAGACAGGACGAAGGUGCGCACAUACAACGUGAAGCUGCGGCUGAAGAAGAGCCACCUGUACAAGUGCUACGACUGCGGAAGCUGCUUUGCAAAUUCAGAUUUUCUCGAGUUGCACGAAAAAUCGCACACCGAGCUGGGCAAGGGUGGAGACGUCAUUGACCUUCGGCAGGAGACACUGGCCACGGGGGAAGAGAUGAGCCUGAAGCAGAAUGCGUGGUUCUUCGGAGAUUUCGACGAUGAAGACGAUGGCCGGAAAGGCACCGAGGAAGACGACGACGGUGAGGAGGAACACAUUGUACAGCUGGAUUGCACGGUGGAGGAGGGUGAGGACAUCUUCGACAUCCGGUUCGAUCGCACAAAGUGCGAGAAAACGUACACGAUGAAGUACAAGGUGAAGAAGAAUCCGGUCGGGAAGUGCGAGCAAUGCGAGAAGCUGUUCUACUCGCACGACUGUUUCCGGCUGCACAAGCUGGAGCACGAAAAGUUUCUCGACAUCGCAACUAUGGAGCCCAGCAUCGACAUUGUGCGGUCGCCAAGGAUCGAGGAGAGCACCAUGAUGCUGGACGAUAGCUUCUACGAGGCGCUCGACGUGAGCGAUAUUCUCGAGCGCAGUGGUGGCGGUUGCGGAAAGCUGGCGUCCGACGGGUCGAACGAUGGACGAAGGCAUCCGGAAACGGGUAUUACGCUAAAGUAUUCCAUCAUCCCGCGACCGGCUGGCAGCGGUGGUGGCCACGAGAAAGACGAAACAAAAAACGACCCGGAUGCCGCAAAAGAAGUCAAUCAAACCGUGUGCCAACCACCCGUUGUGAUACAGGAGGGGGUGAAAGUUAAGCAGGAACCGCUUGAGGACAUCAUUUUGUGCAUCAAACCGGAACCGUCAGAUGGCAAUGAUAGUGUGAAGGAAGAAAAGGGCGAAGAGUCGUUGGCGAUAAAGCAGGAAGUGGACGAGGACUUGACUCAACCGACAGUGAAAAGGGUACGUCUAGCCGAUUGGCCGUAAGGAUAUUGCACACGCGAAACGCGAAUACGGCAAGCAAUGUCCACGAAAGCUGCGAACGUAGCUCAUCUUGCCAUCACUUAAAAGGAUCAUUCGCCACCGUUCUUUACGCACUAUAGAGCGUAUCACUAUUUUGUCGGAGAAGUAGAACUUUUACUCGUGAGAUAUGGCCACUACUUGCAAUUUCCCCCCGUUUGCAGCGUGUGGCGGCGGUUGGUGUGUUGUUCCGCUAGGGAACUCUCUUCGUGUAGCGUCUCCCGCUUAGGUUCAUCAUUCUGUCCUUUCCAUUUCCAUAAACUUACCCGGUCCCAUUGAAUAUCCUAGCGCAAGUUGUAUUUUCUCGUGAAUGCAGCACAAAAAGAAAUACUCACGCUUUUUAUUGCAUUUUUUGUCGUAAUUUUACUAGCGAAUAAAGA